AUGUUAAGUCUAGCAGUGGGAUCAUCAGUUUCUGCAAUGGCCAAGGUUUCAAUGCAUAAUACUAUUAAUUAUGCAAAUGGUAGUGGCAAAUCCACAGCCACGCAGCUUGGCUUCAUCAAGGGAUCACAACCACCACCCUCUCUCCUUUCCAGUGCUACUACCAAUAUUUCCACCUCCUUUAAGACUGCCGUUGCUGCUAUUGAUUCCAGCGAUCUCACUUCCUCUCCCACUCCUGCCAAGCAAGAAGCCAAAAAGUACUCCUUUGUUGUUGCCAAUGCAAAAUUCAUGCUGGAUGAAGAGGAGCACUUCAAGGAGCUCUUGUUUGAGCGCCUUCGUAACUAUGGAGAGCGUAAUAAGGAGCAGGACUUUUGGCUUGUUGUUGAGCCCAAGUUCUUGGACAAAUUCCCUAACAUCACCAAAAGAUUGAAGAGACCCGCUGUUGCUUUAGUCUCAACUAAUGACACAUGGAUCACGUUCAUGAAACUAAGGUUGGACCGUGUUCUAUCUGAUAGCUAUGAAGCUGACACCCUAGAAGAAGCGUUAGCCUCCAAUCCUACCACUAUAGAGUUUGAGAAACCAGAAAACUGGGUGGCACCAUAUUCCAAGUAUGAAUACGGAUGGUGGGAGGCCUUCUUGCCUGCUGGAUCAAGAGAAUCGAAAGUAUAG